ACCUCCACAACUCACACCCCUUCCUUUCCCUCCCCCAUUUUAAAUCUCUCCCUUUUUAUUUCUCUCUCUGUAUGUAAAAGACACUGAAAAAGGGCUGAAACAGAUCAGAAGAGGAAGAAGGCGAAAGAGAAGAUGAUGCGAUUAUUUAACAGAGGAAAAGAAUCCUCCGAUGUUUCGCCCCAGCCCCUUCCUACCUACUCCUCCCCGUCGUCGUCUUCGGCAGCGCCUGUCACCGGCCCUGCCAGGCCAAUCCGCCUCGUCUACUUAGAUGAGAAAGGCAAGUUUCGGAUGGAUCCGGAGGCCGUCGCCACGCUUCAGCUCGUCAAGGAACCCAUCGGCGUUGUCUCCGUUUGCGGUCGCGCUCGCCAGGGCAAGAGCUAUAUCUUGAAUCAGCUUCUUGGGAGGAGUAGUGGGUUUCAAGUUGCAUCAACUCAUCGGCCAUGUACCAAAGGGCUUUGGUUGUGGAGCACACCCUUAAAGAGAACUGCUCUUGAUGGAACUGAAUAUAAUCUUAUACUAUUGGACAGUGAAGGAAUUGAUGCUUAUGAUCAAACGGGAACAUACAGCACACAGAUUUUCUCCUUGGCUGUCCUUUUAUCUAGUAUGUUCAUAUACAACCAGAUGGGUGGUAUUGACGAAACCGCACUUGACCGCCUCUCUCUUGUCACCCAAAUGACUAAGCAUAUACGUGUUAGAGCUUCUGGGGGGAGGACUACAUCUUCUGAGCUUGGGCAGUUCUCUCCAAUCUUUGUUUGGCUUCUAAGGGACUUUUAUUUGGACUUAGUUGAAGAUAAUAGGAGAAUAACGCCCCGUGACUACCUAGAGCUUGCUUUGAGGCCGGUUCAAGGUGGUGGGAGAGAUUUAGCUGCCAAAAAUGAGAUCCGGGAUUCCAUUCGAGCUCUUUUUCCAGACAGAGAAUGUUUCACCCUUGUGCGGCCUCUGAAUAAUGAAAAUGAUCUCCAGCGACUAGAUCAGAUUUCGUUGGACAAACUAAGGCCAGAGUUCAAAUCUGGUCUGGAUGCAUUGGCAAAGUUUGUUUUUGAGAGGACUAGACCGAAGCAAUUAGGGGCUACAGUAAUGACUGGGCCCAUACUUGUUGGUAUUACAGAUGCUUAUCUGAAUGCUCUCAAUAAUGGUGCAGUGCCUACAAUAUCCUCCUCAUGGCAGAGUGUUGAAGAAGCAGAGUGCCGAAGAGCUUAUGAUUCAGCAACUGAAAUUUAUAUGUCUGCUUUUGACCGAACAAAGCCUCCUGAGGAAGUAUCACUAAGAGAAGCGCAUGAUGAAGCAAAGCAAAAAUCACUGGCUGCAUUUAAUGCUAGUGCUGUAGGAGCUGGUCCAACGAGGCAGAAAUAUGAGAAUCUUCUCCAGAACUUCUUUAGAAAGGCAUUUGAGGAUUAUAAAAGGACUGCAUUUAUGGAGGCAGACUUACAAUGUUCAAAUGCAAUACAGAGCAUGGAAAAGAAGUUGAGAGCUGCUUGUCAUGCUUCUGAUGCAAAAAUAGACAAUGUCCUUAAGGUGCUUGAUAAUCUUCUUUCCGAGUAUGAAGCAUCAUCUCAUGGUCCAGGAAAAUGGAGGAAACUGUCCAUAUUCUUACAGCAAAGUUUGGAAGGUCCAAUACUUGACCUGGCCAAGAAGCUAAUAGAUCAAAUUGGAUCAGAGAAGAGUUCCCUCAUGUUAAAAUGCCGUUCAAUUGAAGAUAAGAUGGGAUUAGUUAGCAAGCAACUAGAAGCAAGUGAGAAGUAUAAAUCUGAGUAUUUGAAACGCUAUGAGGAUGCUAUCAAUGACAAGAAGAAACUUGCUGACGACUAUAUGAGCCGCAUAACUAAUUUGCAGAGUAAAGGCAGCUCACUGGAGGAAAGAUGUUCCAGCUUGUCGAAAACAUUGGAUUCUGCCAGGCAGGAAUCAUUAGAAUGGAAAAGAAAAUAUGAACAGGUUUUAGGAAAGCAAAAGGCUGAAGAAGACACGGCCAAUGCAGAAAUAGCAAUUCUCAAGUCCAGGAGCAGUGCUGCUGAUGCUAGGCUGGCUGCUGCUAGGGAACAAGCUCAGUCUGCCCAAGAAGAGGCAGAGGAGUGGAAAAGAAAGUAUGAUAUUGCAGUUAGAGAAGCAAAAACUGCCCUAGAGAAGGCUGCAAUUGUGCAAGAACGAACAACUAAGCAAACACAGCUGAGAGAAGAUGCUUUGAGGGCAGAAUUCUCUGACAGUUUGGCUGAUAAGGAAAAAGAAAUAAAGGAUAAGGCAGCAAAGAUUGAAUAUGCUGAGCAAUGUAUGACAACUCUGAAUCUAGAGUUAAGGGCUGCUGAGUCAAAAAUGAAGAGCUAUGAUGUGGAAAUCUCAUCCUUGAAGCUUGAAAUCAAGGAAUUGGGUGAGAAGUUAGAGGCUGUAAACGCUAAGGCACAAUCUUUUGAGAGAGAAGCUAGAAUGCUAGAACAGGAGAAAAUCCAUCUGGAGCAGAAGUACCGUUCUGAGUUUGACAGAUUUGAGGAAGUUCAGGAAAGGUGCAAAAUUGCUGAAAAAGAAGCCAAGAGAGCAACUGAAAUGGCUGAUAAAGCGAGAGCAGAAGCAGUCUCUGCUCAAAAGGAAAAGAAUGAGAUUCAUCGGUUAGCUAUGGAAAGAUUGGCCCAAAUCGAGAGGGCUGAGAGGCAUAUUGAAAAUUUGGAGAGACAGAAAACUGACCUGGCAGAUGAAGUGCAGAGUUUGCGAGUAUCUGAAGUGGAAGCCCUUUCCAAAGUCACGUUGCUGGAGGGAAUGGUUGAAGAAAGGGAGAAAGAAAUAGAGUCACUAAUGAAAUCAAACAAUGAACAGAGGGCAAGUACGGUUCAAGUCCUUGAAGGCCUUCUGGAGAGUGAGCGUGCAGCACGUGCAGAAGCAAACAACAGGGCAGAAGCUCUUUCUGUUCAACUACAAUCCACACAAGGAAAACUUGAUUUACUUCAGCAACAAUUAACAUCGGUUCGUCUGAAUGAAACGGCAUUGGAUGGUAAACUCAAGAGUGCUUCCCAUGGGAAACGUUCAAGAGUAGAUGACUUUGACCUGGGUAUUGAAUCUGUUCAAGAUAUGGAUGUUAAUGAAAGAAUAACAAGAGGAAAUAAGAGGUCUAGGAGCACAACUAGCCCUCUGAAGUUCACGCAGUCAGAAGAUGGUGGUUCAAUAUUCAAGGCCAAUGAGGACAACAACAGCCAACAGACGAACCCAGAGGACUAUACAAAAUUCACUGUGCAGAAACUUAAGCAAGAACUCACAAAACAUAAUUAUGGGGCUGAGCUGCUUCAGCUGAGGAAUCCCAACAAGAGAGACAUCCUUGCUUUGUAUGAGAAACACGUGCUUCAAAAGUCGUAACAGUUGUAAGUUAGGAAUUAUAGAGGUAGUGUGCCUGUAAUCUACCGAGAAUUGACUUGAUAGAUCAGCUUAUGAACCUAGUACUUAGUGCUCAAGAAGGUGUUUUGUGUGUGAACGGUUUCAUUCCCAUUAGUACAAAGCUUGGAAUAUCUUUUAGUGCAAAUUGUCAUGUUGCCUGCCACUGACAUCAUUAGCAACCCUUUAGGUGAGGUAUAUCAUUUGUCUAUUUUUACAUUUGUGUGUUUAUGUAUUUUCUGCUUGUGUGAGAAUGUUUCUUGGUAGACCUUCCAGAGGCCAUAUGUAUUUAAUGGUGUGAUCACUGUGGUUGGGAGUUUCCAGAACAGCAUUUGCAUUUAUGUCCCUGCUGUAUCUCGUGCUCAUUUGGGUGGCAAUGGGAAAGCACUGGGUGAAUUUUUAUUUGAAGGAAUGUAUUGAGUUUGGAGUUGUAUUUUAUUGUCA